GUUUUUGUUGAGGAACGUCGUCGACAUCUUUACUGGUGGCGUCUGAAGUAAACACUAAAACCGUAUUUUCUGUUUUGAAUAAUAGUUUUUUUUUAGGGGUUUACGAACACUAGGGAGAAGUGAAGGCUUUUUGCUGGGUAAUUCAGUCGAACGUCUUUUUAUUGUCUUCAAAAGAUGGGGAGUCAGUACCAGCGCUCAGUACCACUGGAGGUAAGGAGAGCAGAGGGAGAGCGAGUCCGAGCCAAGCAUCCUGACAAGAUACCGAUCAUCGUAGAGCGGUCCCAGAGGUCUCGAGCUCCUGACCUGGAUAAGAAGAAAUACUUGGUGCCCUCAGAUUUAACAGUGGGCCAGCUGUGCUUCCUGAUCCGUCAGCGGGUUUCUUUGAGACCAGAGGAGGCGCUCUUCUUCUUCGUCAACAACUCCCUGCCCCCCUCCAGCUCGCCUCUCUCUGCUGUGUAUGAGGAGCACCAUGAAGAAGACCUGUUCCUCUACCUGACCUACAGCAACGAGAGCGUCUACGGCGCCUGACAAAAGCACACCGAAUUAGCCAUUAAGGCGACAACAAGAAAGUGGGGGGAAGGAGGGAAGAGAGGAGGAGUAAAGUGUUCU